AUGAAGAAAUCGACGCUUUCGAGCGGUUUCACACUCGGCGAUUGCCCGAUCCGCGCCGCCGCCAUGGACGCCGACGUCGACUACAAGGACGACUCGUUCGACGAAGGCGCAUCGAGCCCAGAAAAGGCGCGUGCGAGUCCCACGAAAGACGACCAAACGCGCGAUGCAGUCGCCGUGACUGCGGCCAAGAAAGUCACCACUGUGAAUGCGACGACCAAGAAAGAGACCGAGCUCCAAUUUCUCCAAAAGAAGAUUGGUGUCUACCGCAAGGCCAACGAGACGCUGCGCAAGGAGCUCGAGUCGCUGCACUCGAACGACGCGCUUGUCCACCUCGAAAACAAGGCCCGCGAGAAGCAGCUCCUUAUCGAGAAGCUCGUGCAUGAGAACCGGUAUUUGGCCAACCUCCAGCGCACGCAGGCCAAGCGCAUUGAAGAGCUCGAGGCGCUGAAAGAGCAUUUUCCAGCCAAACACCACUCGGUCAUGGAAGAGCUCCGCGUCUGCAAAGAGACCUUCCGCAUGUACAAGGAGCGCGAGAAGGCGGCGGACGAGCGGUCGGCCAAACUCCACCAGCAAGUUGUCGACUUGACUCAGCGCAACAAAUCGCUGACCGAGAAGAUCAAAGCCCACGAAAGCUACAAACCGCCAAGUGACGCAGCCAAGGACAUGGACGAUGGCCGGGAAGACGAACUGUUGCAGCUCCAGGCCCGCGUGGCGCAGCUCGAGAAGACCAAGCGCCUUGAGAAAGCCAAGUACGACCGCAUCAUCAAGGCGUGCGAAGACCAGCUGGACGAGUGCAAACGCGAGAUGGAGUCGUUCCAGGCACAGCUUUUGGACAAGGAGAAAGAGCUCCGCCUUCAGGUCGUGCAGCUCAAGAAGCUCAAGCGCACGCUACGGGAGCUCGUGGUUGACACACAAACCAACCAGCAACUGUGUUCCUUUUUGCAAGGCGCGUCGGUGACCUCGAUGACGCACCGCAUCGUCGGGCCCGACGGUUCGGCCAAGAAGGUGCCGAUGCCCCCACCGACCUUGGCAAGCGACAAGCGGCCAGCGCGAAUACAACAGUCGACGAGGGUGGCCGAGCCUCGGUCCGCCCUACGACCAGAGAAGAGCACGGACGACGAGAUCCAAGAUGAUGGCUAACAAAUGCUUGCCGGUACUUUAAUCGUACUACUAGUAUUAAUAGGCUUACUAUUGCACUUCUACGAAUGACUGACCAUCCGCGGCGGUGGUCAAUGAAUCGCGGAAUCGUUGCCAUUGGCUCAAAG